UUGCCUCCAUCCUUCCCAGUUAAGAACACAGCCAUGCCUCAGAAACAGAAAGCCAAGUCCUGGACGGAGCUGAAACAAACCGGGAAUGAGCGCUUCAGGACGGGCCAGUACGGGGAGGCCACCAACUUCUACAGCCAGGCCAUCAGAGAGCUGGAGAAGUCCGGUAAAAAGAACCCUGAAGAUUUGGGGAUUUUGUACUCGAACCGUGCAGCCAGCUACCUGAAAGAUGGCAACUGCUCAGAGUGUGUGAAGGACUGCGACAAGUCUCUGGAGCUGUUCCCCUUCAAUGUGAAGUCUCUGCUCCGCCGCGCCGCUGCGCUGGAGGCUCUGGAGCGCUACCGGCAGGCCUACGUCGACUACAAAACCGCUCUGCAGAUCGACUGCAACAUAGCGGCCGCUCACGACGGCACCAACAGGAUGACGAAGGCCCUGGCGGAGGCGGACGGCCCCUCGUGGAGAGAAAAGCUUCCCCCCAUCCCCACCGUGCCUCUGUCUGUGAGGGAGAAGCUCUCCCAGAAUGCAGCUGCCCCCGCCCAGCCGAACGCAGCCCCCCCCCAGCAGAACGGCGUCAGGCAGACCAACAAAGCCGCAGCUCCCAGCGAUAAAGACAUGAAGAAGGCCCAGGCUCUGAAGGAGGAGGGCAACGCUCUGGUGAAGAAAGGAGAGCACAAGAGGGCCAUAGAGAAGUACAGCCAGAGCCUCAAACUCAACCCCUCCGAGGUGACCACCUACACCAACCGGGCGCUGUGCUUCCUGUCGGUGAAGCAGCCCAGAGAGGCGGUCAGAGACUGUGACCAGGCCCUGAGGCUGGACGCCGCCAACAUCAAGGCGCUCUACCGGAGGGCGCAGGCCCACAGGGAUCUAAAGGACCUGAAAACCUGUGUGGACGACCUGAACCGGCUCCUGAAGGUGGAGCCGAAUAACACGGCCGCCCUGAAGCUUCUGCAGGAGGUCCAGAAGUGA